AAUUUGUUUGAUGAUUUUUCGUUGAAGGAAAAGUUGAUUAGCACUACUGUUUUGUUCUCGGCUGCCCUAUAAAUAAAAAAUCUCAGCUCCCCCCUUUUGCCUUCAACCAUUGCCCAAAACCCCUCUAUUUCUCCCUGUGACCUAACCGCGCGCGUUCAUGGAGGAUGACGAUGAGUUCGGAGAUCUCUACACAGAUGUCCUCCGUCCCCUUGAGGCGCAGAGCCAACAAUCUGCCGGAAAGGCGCGCCCGAUCGAUCUCAACAUCGAUAGCGACGAUGAGGAGAUUCUCUAUGGAGCUUCGGAUUCGGCGGCUAAGAAGCUCAAUCCUGAUUUCAAUCCCGGUUCCGCACCCGUUGGGAAAUCCGACGCCUUACAAACCCUUCCUCAAACUAGGGGAAUUGAUUUGAAUUUUAAUUUGAAUUCCAACCCGGGAGCGGCGGGGAUUGAUGAAUUAGUUGGAAAUGGAGGCGAUGGUUCGGGGUUUGACGCUAGGGUUUUGGAAAAGGGGCGUGGUGAAUCGAGUUUCAUGGAGGACGAAGAUGAUAUUAAGAUAAUUGUGGAAGAGAGGGAUGAAAAAGACAAGGACUUGGUGGAGGGUGAUCCUAACGUAACGAGCAAGGACGAGAAUAUGUAUAUUAGCCCUGUUCAAGAGGGAACUACGAUGAAUUUGAUGAAUGAUGCUGGUGAAAUGGGUUCACAGCAGAUGAUCCCGGGGCUUUCGGGAGGAUUGGAGAAUCCUAGGGCUCCGAAUGUUGAGGAUGAGUGGGAGAGUGAAGAGAGUGAUGAUGAUCUGCAGAUAGUGCUAAACGACACCCACCAUGGGCCAAUGGGGAUGGAAAGGAUGGUGGGAGUGAUUGAUGAGGAUGAUGAAGAUGGAGAACCCUUGGUGAUUGUCGCGGAUAAUGGUGAUGUUAGCCAGAUACAGAGGACCGUGGAUGAGAAAGAGUGGGGCGGUGAGGAAGGGGGAUCUGGAGCUGACAUGGAGAAGGAUCCCGGAGAUGCAACAAAAACAAGUGGAGUAGGAGGUGGGGCUGCUCCAGCAGCUGCACAGCCAAAGAUUGCAUACAGCAAUCAUGCAUACCAUCAUCCAUUCUCUUCACAGUUCAAGUAUGUGAGACCUGGUGCAGCACCUUUCCCUCCUGCAGCUCCUGGAGGAUUCCUAGGUCAAGUUCGUCCACCCAUCAGCAUGGGUCCUCCAGCUGGACGUGGAAGAGGUGAUUGGAGACCGGCAGGAAUGAAGGGGACCUUGCCUCAGAAAGGGUUCAAUCCUCCAGCUUGGGGAGUUAAUUCAGCUGGUCAUGGUUAUGGAAGUGGGUUGGAUUUCACUCUUCCUUCACACAAGACAAUUUUUGAAGUUGAUAUUGAUGGUUUUGAAGAAAAACCAUGGAAACUUCCUGGUAUAGAUGUGUCUGACUUUUUCAAUUUUGGUUUGAAUGAGGACAGCUGGAGAGAUUACUGCAAACAACUGGAACAACUCAGGCUUGCGAUGACUAUGCAAAGCAAAAUUCGUGUUUAUGAAAGUGGCAGGGCAGAACAGGAUUAUGACCCAGAUCUUCCACCAGAGCUUGCAGCUGCAGUUGGUAUCCAAGAUAAUAAUGCAUCUCAAAAAGCAAGUCAUGGAAAGGUGGAUACUGGUCCGACUGAUUUAGCAAGAGCAGCUGCACGUGAACGACCUUCUCUUCCUGUUGGCCGACCUAUACCAGUAGAAACUGGUUCUGGUGAACGAAUGCCAUCAAUUGAUACAAGGCGUCCAAGAAUGCAUGAUAUUGAUACCAUUAUCGAGAUUGCCUGCCAGAGCCCCAUGGAUGGUGAUGACAUACCAGAGCAACAAGAUAGUGAUACUGCAGCGAAGGAUCAUGUUGGAGGAGGUGAUGCAGAUCAUAUGGAUAGCCAUGCUCCAGCAUUUACUGGUAAUAAGAGAGAAUUUGAAUCAAGAAGAUCACAGCUGAAGAACGCUGACAGUGGCGAUGGUAUUGCAAUAGAGGAUGCUUCAGAAAAUUCACAUUCUGAUAGGGAGAAUCUUGCCCCGCAAGAGGAGAGGUCUAUAAAGGCAAGGAGUAAUAAAAGGGGAGAACAUGUUACAGGCGAUGUAGAGGGAGGAUCAUAUCAUACUGGGGAUGGUAAGCAAACUCCAGCCUCGUCAUCUUCCCACUACAUUGGAUCUGAUGGGGAGCGAGAUGUGGGAGUUUUAGAUGAGUUGAAUGAUGAUUCAGUGGUGGAUGAUAGAAGCUUUAAUAUGGAAGGAGAGGAAAUGGCUUCAGAUGCACCAAACAGGGGUAAACGAGAAGACGGAAACUUAUAUUCUACAAAGAAACUAAAGCUAAGUUCGCACGUAGGACUACUUCCGCGCGAGUAUGAAGAUGGGAAAGACUUGAAGACUGCAAGAAGUAGUGACAGCAAAGUGAGAUCAGGAAGUAGUGAACAUCUUCAUAGUUCUCCUGAUGAUGUUGACGACGAAGCCCUUCAGGAUAGGCACCCUCUUCGAGCAGGUAAUGUCAGGAGAGAAGUAGGAGAUGAAGACAAUACUCAUAGGAAAGAUCACUAUGAUAGAGAUGAUGCUGGAAGACAGAACAUGGUGGUGAAACAGAGAGAAGAUUCUUUUUCACGCAGAGGUGGAGAUGCUAACUCAUCACUUCAUCGGCAUGGGAAAGCUGACAGUGCUGACUGGAGGAAGGGGAGUGAUAUAUCUGAAGGAACCUGGAAUCGACGAGAUGAGGAUCAUCGUGGAAGAAGAACAAGACUUGAAGACCCAAGAAAGAGGGAUCGAGAUAAGCUUAGAGAAAAAGAUAAGAGUGAGAAAGAUGAACAUCAUCAGUCAAGAAAUCUGCUGGAAAAUGGCAGUUGGAGGGGGACUAACCAUGAACUGGAUUCUACAGGAUCUAGACAAAGAGAUAGGGAUGGCCAUUUUAAAAGUCGGAGUGAAAGAGUAGAUGACCUUCACAGCACCAGAAGAAAAGAAGAGUCACAUGUCAGACGGACAAAUGCUGAAAAAGAUGAUAUUUCCCAGAAUCACAGAGAAAGUAGCACCAGGAGGAAAAGAGACAGAGAUGACGGCUCUGAUCUGCUCAAAAGAGAUGAGCAAGGUAGAUCAAAGGAUGAUGAGAUGCAUUUUGCUCGCCAAAAAGAUGGGGGCUCGUCUCAAAGGGAGAGAAGUGAAAGGCCAAGAGAGCGUGAUGAAUGGCAUAAAAAUAAGCAGGAUAACCUUUUGUCGAAGAGAGAAAGAGUAGAAACACGGCCAGUGAUGAGGAGUGGGCGAACUGCUGAAGAUAAAACAUGGCCAAGUCAUUCAAGAGUAAAUGAUGACUACAAGGGAUCCAGCAGAGAUUAUCAUCCUAAUGAUAUAGGCCGGCACAGUGAUCAACUCAAGCAAAGGGAUCGAGUUGAAAAUGAGAGUUAUUCACAGCAUAGGAACCAGGAUGAUGUUUAUGAUCGUGGAAAUCAACUCAACAAUGAUGAGAAAAGAACAAGAUAUGAAAAGACUAGCAACCGGGAUGUUCGUGCUGCCUAUGGUUCUGACACUUCUAGGGCAAAUGAAUACAAAAGGAAAGAAAGUAGCCGAAAGAGUAGAGAAUCAGACAGUGGAGAUCACAGUUCAUUGAUAUCCUCCAAGAGGAAUCAGGAUGAAGAUGGUGGACAACUAAAUGAGAAGGCAAACUUGAGAGGCAGAACUGAGCAGCAAACUAGUCACGGUCACACAAAUCACCAAUCAUCUCGAAAGCACAAAGAAGAGGCUUCAACCGACGAAGAACAACCCGACUCAAGGAGGGGUCGAUCCAAAUUGGAACGGUGGACCAGCCAUAAGGAGAGGGAUUUUGGCAUGACCCCAUCUUCUUUGAAGAAAAGAGAUCGAGACACACACAACAACAGUGGGGCAAGGGGACCUCAUGAAGAUCCUCCUGGAAAGACAGAGGAUAAACCACAGCCGCCUGUAGUUGAUAACAAAGACGGUGUUCCAGAAAUGAACAGCGACAGCACUAAAGCAGCAGUCGUGGAGGACAAACACUUGGACACUGUUGCCAAGUUGAAGAAACGAAGUGAGCGUUUCAAGCUUCCUAUGCCUAUUGAUAAAGACGCAGUUGCAGCGAAGAAGGAGACCGAGCCUCCUCUGCCUCCGAACCAACCGGAGACACGCCCUGAUUCGGAGAUCAAAUCGGAACGGCCAGCACGAAAGAGGAGGUGGACUGGCAAUUAGUAGUCGAGGGAUACUUUUGUUUCGUUGUUGAAGAAUCGUACGUAUUAUGUUGUCCGAUGAUGAUAAUUGAUUUGAGGCAUCUUGCAUUCUACGUCUUCUAUAUUUGAAUUGCGAUGGCCUUCAACUGUUGUACUUUCUAUUACUCGAGAAGACUUUGUAUAUACAGACUUAAUACAUGUAGCAUUAGACAGGCUGUAGCUGCACACACAAAUUUUAAUAUAGCACACAAUUUUCAAUUC